GAAAAUUUAAAAUUUUAGUUGAUAAGCGCUUUAAGAUUUCUCUUCCAAGUGUUAUAUUUGUGUUAUAUUAUUGUUUAUAGUCUAUAACGUAAAAUCUUAAUUUCAACACAUCCGCGAUUAGAUUGGUACGUAAGAUCAGAAUCGAUAGAAAAGCGGUACAUUCAUGACUUGAGGUCAACUGUAGGACGGGAGUAUCAUUCUACUUCGAACAUUUCAAGAGGAUUGUCACGCAUAACGCUAGACCUUUAAUCUCAAACUACAGCACUUCUGGUUUUUCUGCAAAAAUGCCAAUUAAAAGCAUCAAGGCACGUCAAAUUUUUGACUCCCGUGGUAACCCUACUGUAGAGGUUGAUCUUGUCACAGAUAAUGGACUUUUUAGAGCUGAAGUACCAUCGGGUGCUUCAACUGGUGUUCAUGAAGCUUUAGAACUUCGCGAUAAUGAUAAAUCUAAAUAUCAUGGAAAAUCAGUCUUCAAAGCUGUAGAAAAUAUUAACAAUACCAUCACACCUGAAUUAUUAAAGUCAAACUUGGAAGUGACACAACAAACUGAUAUUGAUAACCUUCUUCUAAAACUUGAUGGUACACCAAACAAAUCAAAACUUGGUGCAAAUGCACUUUUAGGUGUCUCAUUAGCAGUUUGUAAAGCAGGAGCUGCUAAAAAGGGAGUUCCUUUGUACAAAUAUAUUGCAGAAUUGGCAGGAAAUGCCAAUAUUAUUUUACCAGUACCAGCUUUUAAUGUUAUUAAUGGUGGUUCACAUGCUGGAAACAAAUUAGCCAUGCAGGAGUUCAUGAUUUUACCUACAGGUGCUGCUAAUUUCACAGAAGCAAUGAAAAUGGGUACCGAAGUUUACCAUCAUUUGAAAGCUGGCAUUAAGAAGAAGUUUGGUCUUGAUGCUACUGCUGUUGGAGAUGAAGGUGGUUUUGCUCCAAAUAUUUUAGAAAACAAAGAAGCUUUGAAUUUAAUCCUAGAUGCCAUCAAAGUUGCUGGAUAUGCAGGAAAAAUUAAAAUUGGUAUGGAUGUUGCCGCGUCUGAAUUCCAUAAAAAUGGAAAAUACGAUUUAGACUUUAAGAACGAGAAGUCCGAUCCAAACACAUAUUUGGAACCACAAGCUUUGAAGAACUUAUAUUUAGAUUUCGUUAAAGAAUUCCCAAUUGUAUCAAUUGAAGAUCCAUUUGACCAAGAUGACUGGGCUUCUUGGACUUCUAUAACAUCUUCCACCCCAAUUCAAAUCGUAGGUGAUGAUCUUACGGUUACAAAUCCCGAAAGAAUUAAAACAGCUAUCGAGAAAAAGGCUUGCAACUGUCUGUUAUUGAAAGUUAAUCAAAUAGGUACUGUCACAGAAUCAAUUAAUGCUCACAAGCUUGCUAAGAGCGCUGGUUGGGGCACAAUGGUAUCUCACCGUUCCGGAGAAACAGAAGAUACGUUUAUAGCUGAUUUAGUUGUUGGUCUAUCGACUGGUCAAAUUAAGACGGGCGCACCUUGCCGUUCAGAACGUUUGGCCAAGUACAAUCAAAUUCUUCGCAUUGAAGAAGAAUUGGGUGCAGCUGCCAAAUAUGCAGGCGACAAAUUCCGUAAUCCUCAUGCUUAAGGUGUCCUAUCAGUUCUUUUUACACGGGGCUCUAGUUAUAUUUACUACAAAGUAAAUCGAACUUACACUUUCCUAACUGUUGAAACUGUGUUGAUAAAAUAGAGCUGAAAGAUAUUACUGUUAGCGUAGCAUAUUAAGAUGAAGAAGUUUUUAAAUUAUAGAAAUAGAUUCAAAUGUGAAUUAUAAAGUAUAAGGGCCCUGUAAAGUAAAAUAUCACCAAACAAUACACAUGUUCAUUUUAAUAAUCAUUGUUUACUGACCUCAUAUUAAACAGGCACAAUACAGCCAAUGUAUUAAUAUACUUAAGAAAAUACCAUUAUUGGAAUGUAUAAAUAUAUCAAAAUAUUUAUUUUAUUUUAUUUCCUUUUUUGAAUGUAUUAGGAAUAUUUGAAUUUUGUUCAACAACUAAAUUAGAGCAGGUUUCAUAAUUAACACGUUGAGCGCGGAGCCGAUUUCGCACUGCUUCCCGUUCAGGCGGCACACAGCGGCGAUCACUUCGCGAGCUGUUCGGUUAUAGAGUAUAAA